CCCGAUACGUCUCGAUUCCCGUGUCAAGCGUAAACUUUUAUUUCGAGCAAGAAGCGUUUCCAUCCAGAGAAUUUUGUUUCCAGGAAAAAUCAAUCGUCCCUUACGUAUCUCACCAGCAAUGACUAACCAGACAAACUUAUCAUCCAACGAAUCUCCCACUGCUGCUGCAUGUGAUGUUGAUACAAGAUAUUAUCCUCAUUUCUUAUUGAUACCUGCUGCAAUGAUUCUGACAAUUUUGGCGUUUUUGCGACGAAGAAAAAGUUACAAGAAAGAUUUUUGGGGAGGUCGACCAGGACUCGUUAUCCCUGUUGAUUUCCUUGGUAUUGAUCAUGACCGACUUGCCACCAUGUUUGUGUUUGGAGCUGCUACUGAAUCAAUCAUUACGCUAGUCACAAAGUUUGAAAUUUCAGGUUCAAACGGUUGGGAAAAAGCGUUCCUUCUCUUCGGCAUUGCAAUUGAAUAUGCUGUCAUUUAUUAUCCCUACUUUGCUUGCCUGACGACGUAUCACAAAAUAUUUGGUGCAAUGAUGGGUCUUCCAUAUUGUAUAGUCAAUUUUUGUGUAACUUUAACACAAACGUUUCAGAGAUGUCAGAAUAAUUCUUCGACCUACAUCGCAUUAUUCGUAUUGAUGAUUUUGCCAAUAGUGAUAAGCAAUCUGUUUAUCCUGGGCAAGUUCAUAUUCGUAUUUUAUCGGGAAAUUAAAGAAUAUGGAAUCUUCGGAGUAAAGCUAUUUUCCCGCGAUGAUGAAAGUUCGUCUCCACAAGUGAAAUUGCUCAGACCUUGGUUGAGGGAACACGUGAAGAACAUUUUCAAACCAAAACCUCGUCAAUAUUCAAGAAUAAAGUUUUUUCUGAGGAAAGUUUACAAUCCCGAAAAAGAUUUUAAGUUUUCGACUGAAACUCUCUCUGUGAUGAUGAUCUGCGGCAUUCUGCUUUAUAAUCUUUGCGUUCUUUGCAUCUAUUUGUCAAGUGUGCUAUUGAGAGAAAUUGAGAAAACAAAACCUUCGGAUGCUUUAGACGAAGCAAUUUUGGAUUUGUCACGUGGGAUUAUUGGUUCAUCAUUGGCUAGUGCAAUCCUCACGACUGUGAUCUGUGCGCUUUCCCUCAUUCUUUUCAUGGAAAAUCAUAAGAAUAACAUGCUGAGGAUGUUCAGAGGGAAUAAAUCGUUUAUCGCUAAGCACAUAAGCGUGUCACAGUUUAUGGUUGGAAAGGGACUUCGAUAUCAUAGUUUUCAGAUUGGAUACUUUUUAUGGGGCUUUCUUCUAAAUUGGAUUUUCAUAUGUAUCCCAUGUGCUCUUUUAUAUUCCUUGAAAUUUUCCUGGGUUCGGGAUUGGAUCCUCGGCUAUAUCAGCGGCGGCGGCAUACUCUUUGGCUUGGCUCUUUUCUUUCGGCUGUGCUCCAUUGCAGCUUCUGUGACAAUAUUCCGGGAUCGUAACUUCUCUAGAAACGUCAUUUCCAUAAACAACAGGAAUGUCUAUUUGGUGUUUUCGUAUUUUUGGUUUUUCGUGGGACUUCCGAUGGGUGUCUUUUCUGCCAUAUUUCGUAUCAUAAAAACAAUGAUUGUGGGAUUUCUGAUGUUGCCAAGAAUUGAUCAUAGCAUCAUGCCUGAUGGUUUUCAACGGUUUGAUCCAGGUUACAAUGCGUACAUAUGUUAUCUUCACGUCCAAGCAGCUUUCAGAAACCCAGUUCUUCGAGUGUUUUGUCAAACACUGAUCGAUGAUCACGAAACACAAAGGAAAAUUGGACCAAAGUGGACUCGCUCUCCCCAGGCCCGCGCCAAGUGGUUCAUCGCACUCACCUUGGCUCGCAAUCCACAACUUGCAGCUGAACGAAAACGUGCGAAAACAAUGUGUGUCAAAGAUAGCGACGUCAAAAUCGAUGUUGGUAAUUAUGGGCCAGAUAAUGCAGGAUUAAUACUAGAUAAGUAAACAAUCAUGUUUAAGUUGCAAGCUUCUUUAGAUUUUCUUUUAUUAGCUAAUUAGUUGCAUUAGAUUUUCUUUUUUUAUUAGCUAGUUAGUUGUAUUACGUUUGGAAACGAACCGUGCAUGACAAAACAUUUUCAUCCUCACAUUUUCGAAUGUGAAAAGCACGGUGUUUUGACGAUAUCAAGCCUUGUUGUCAUGUUGUGGUUAAUGAAGAAAUGUAGUAUUAAAAUAACAAAUAUAGUGCACCGGUACAAGGUUCCUCACAAAGCUAUUCGAUCCCAAACACUGUCCUUGCUGCGAUCCUUGCUUGCUAAAGCAGGAAUAUCUGUAGACUACACCGGACAUUCAACGAGAUCAACCUCGAUAUCGGAAGCGCAAACGUGGGCGUGCCGUUGGAGAUUAUACUAGGUGCAGCUUGAUUGGUUUUCGGCAAAUGUUUUUAACAAACAUCAUAAAAAGACUCAAAAUACCUUUGCAAAUGCUGUGUUAAGUACAUAGUUGCUGAAAAUUAAAAGUACAUUUUCUGUUUUGCUUUGGUUGUCGGUUUAGUAUCAGAGGCCUUGCAGUAAGGCUUUGAAAUCUGCACCAGUAUUGUGAGUAUCAGUCGAAGAAGGUACGAAGGAGGAAUAAAAUUUCCCCGGAGGGUAGUCAC